AUAAAACCCCGCUCAGGGAGAAUGGCGCCAAUUAAGCAGCUGCGACGAGUGGUGGUAUCAUGUCUGGCCGGGGCAAGGGCGGCAAGGGGCUCGGUAAAGGCGGCGCCAAGCGCCACCGCAAGGUGCUGCGCGACAACAUCCAGGGCAUCACCAAGCCGGCCAUCCGCCGCCUGGCUCGGCGCGGCGGUGUCAAGCGCAUCUCGGGGCUUAUCUAUGAAGAGACGCGCGGUGUGCUGAAGGUGUUCCUGGAGAACGUGAUCCGCGACGCUGUCACCUACACGGAGCACGCCAAGAGGAAGACUGUCACAGCCAUGGACGUAGUGUACGCCCUUAAGCGCCAGGGUCGCACCCUCUACGGCUUUGGCGGUUAAACUUAACGUAGUGCUAACUCUUACUAUUUAAACAACAAGGCUCUUUUCAGAGCCACACA